AUAUCUUUGUCCAACAGCUCUCUCGUGUACGAUCUGAAUGAGGUGAUGUGCGCUCCGCCGUGUUUGCUGCUUCUCGUUGUAUGGGAUUGAGGUGCUGGAUAUGGAUAUGUAUUGCUGUUGCUCGUACUCAUCUGAUUUUGGAGAUGCUUGUUGAGAUUAAUGACAUCUUGAUCGUCCCAAAGUUAUUUCAUGAUACCACGACUGUGGGAGUAUGUGAUGUCUGCUAUCGAGUAUCAGUUCCAGCAACAUUCGUGACUUUUACGACAACUCAUCUGGGUCAUAUGGUAUUUGUCAAGGUCGCUACAAGGUCCGAAUGAAAGCGUAGGUAAGACGAGAACUCACUGUGUUCGCUACUCCACUCCCCACGACUGAUUAAC